AUGAGUUGGAAAAUAAUUGUCAGCCGACUUCAAGAAAUCGCAGCAAUUGUUUCUGUAUCAGCAAACUUGAUCCUUAUUCUAUUAGUUCUCACAAAAUCACCAAAGAAAAUAGGAUCAUACAAAUAUUUGAUGAUUUAUAUUUCAAUUUUUGAAAUACUUUAUUCUAUCAACGAUGUACUCAUAGAAUCAAUAUGUUUUUCUUAUGGAUCAAAAUCAAUUUUUCUGAUUGUUGUCAAUAUCGAAACUGCAUAUUUCAACGAAAAUAUCUGCCGUAUUUUAUUAGCAUCAUGGGGUGCAUUUUUUGGAAGUUUUAUGGGAUUGUUUGUACUCCAGUUUGUUUAUAGAUAUUGUGUUGCUUCGGGGUGAGUUGAAUUUAAAAAGAUCUAAUAAGGAGUUUGUAUGAAUUUAGAUCACCAUUUAUCAACAGUUUUCAAAGUUGGAAAAUUAUUUUAUGGAUGAGUGGACCUGUAUUUUGUGGAGUACUUUGGGGAUUGCUCACUUAUUUUCUAAUGUUACCCGAUAAACAGAUUGAUGAAGCAAUUCGAGAUGCUUUGGAAAUAAGUUUAAACUGGAGUGUAGAACAUAUCACAUACGCUGGACCAUAUUUGUAUCGUAAUAUGGAACAUCAUUCACCAAAACAUGUUCACAUUCCAAAUGCGGUGGGAUCACUUAUAAUGGUAUUUAUAACAAUGUCAUCAAUUAUCAUGAUCAUAGUUUGCGCCAUCAAAUGUUAUCUGAAAAUUAAUGGAUUCUCGAAUCUCAAAUCUAAUAAAACAAAUAAUCUACAAUUCCAAUUGUUCUAUGCAUUAGUCACUCAAACUCUAAUUCCUCUUAUCCUUAUGCAUCUUCCUGUUCUAAUCCUCUUUAUUUUCACAUUUUUCAAUGUUGGUUUAGGAAAUGCGAGUAGUAUUGUUAGUAUGACAGUCGCAUUGUUUCCUGCAUUGGAUCCCUUCCCAGUUAUGUUCAUCAUUAAAAAUUAUCGGAAUGUGAUUUUCGCUUCAUUUACUCGGAAAUUUUGA